AUGGCGUCCACGAACCAGGGAAUUGAUGUGAUCAUCCGCAGGAUCACGGCGGAGCAGGCAGUCGAACUCACGCCGCAGCGGUGGUCGCGGCUGAAGAGUCUGCCACCGGAGGAUGUGCUACCGCAGAGUAAGUACGUGGAACUGCUGUGUUACACCGCUCGCCGCAUCCUCGUGAAAAUCGAAGAGGCUGGCUUCAACGCCGAGACGUGGAGGUCGUACACGGACUUCUUCACGCAGGCUAUUGUGGCCUACGGCACGGAUGACAUGAAGUCCUACCUGCGCAUCAUCGAGCGGCUGCUGACCGCCGUGUUGGGCUUCCCGUCCGUCUCACAGCCGCCGUUGCGGGAGUAUCUGAACUGCGCCGUCUCUCAGAGCACGCAGCGCAAUGCGGAGCUGGCGAUCUACCUGGCCAAACACCCCAGCGGUGAGCCCCCGCAGCUGGAGCGGCAGCCCGAUCUCGAGUACGACGACAACUUUGUGGCGUGCAUCGAGGCAAAGCCGGUGUCAGAGGCAAUGAGAAUACUGGACAAGCUGCCGAGCCAGCUCACGUUUGCGCAUCGGCACGCCAUCAUGCACCUGAAGCUGUGCAACCCAUUACCGAUUCCCGCCUGUGCGUACGUCUCGACGGGCUACUGUUGUGAUACCUGUCACCUGCGCGGCAUCCGAGUGGGGUUUCAAGCGAUGCUGUACGAUGAGGAGGAGGGCAGCGGCAGCAGCAGCGGCGCAGGCGCCUCGACCAGCGUGCGGAGUGACGCGCAGAUCAGCCGAAAGUCGACAUACGGGUUUGACAUUUGCAUGGCGUGUGCGGUUACGUUUUACGCCCAGCAGCGCGAGUGUCUCUUUGCCCUGCUGCGCUCCCCGCACGCACCUUACAGCUUUGGCCACGCCGCAGGGGUCAACAUUUUGCAGGCGCGCUACCAACCUCGCCGCCGCGCCGUCAGUUCCUGCAGCUCCUCCCUCGCCUUCUCGCUGAGUCGCGAGCAUUCCGUGACGGAGGCGAGGCAGCGACCACCGUCGCUCUCGCUCGCUUACACGCCGGAACAGCGUCGGCAGUCAGGGCAGUCCACCUCGCCCUCCGACUCGCCACCGCGGCAGUCGCUGGCCAACCCUGGCAUCCAGGUGGCGCCCUACAACAUCUCGUCCGUCAGCUCCGCCUCCUCGGCGGGCAGCGCGGCGGUGACGCCGAAGCCGCCAGUGCGUCCACCGAGUCGGCGGGUGAGCAGCGGCCACAGCUGCCACAGUGCGCCGCCUCUACCGUCCACGCGGUGUACGACACAGGACGUCGUCUGCAUCACGCUGAGCGUGACGAUCGCCCCGUACGGGGCCCGCCCCAUCGCCUGGGUCCUCAGCCGCGCGGAGAAGUUCGUGCACCUCAACACGAUGGAGGACGUGCUGCUCAAACGGCUCGGCCCGGCGUCGCAGUGGCGCUCCUUCGUGAAGAUGGAGAGCGCGACAGCACGGCGCCGGCGACAGGUAAGUGCGGCGCGGAGUCCCCCCUCAGCGCGGGCCGGUGCGUCGUCCUUCCAGGCGCCGGCGGCUCCCGCCCGGGGGUUUUCCUUCUCUGCCCCCACCCCGUGCUUGGAAGACUCCCCGCGAGAUUUGAUGGCGACGCAGACGCCGCCGCUGGGACAGGAAGGCCAACGCCACCACGACGGUAUUUCGAGCCGCAGCAGCAGCACUGCCGCCGAUGCAGAGGAUGAGCUGUGCGCCAUUUGCCUCUGCCCCUUCGAGGGCGAGGAGCCGGUGAUCGAAACGAAGUGUCACCACUGGUUUCACGUCACCUGCAUUGAGGAGUACUUUCGCAUGGCCGAGGACGUGUGCCCGCUGUGCCGCGCCGAGCACGUGUUGCCUGACAUGAGCCGCGCUACCGCCUUGAAGAGCAACGCCUUCACGAUUGAGAUGGAGUUGACGGAGGCGCAGCAGCAGAUGCCGUAUGUGGAUGUCUGCGUUGGCGCGGUGGUCACUCGCGACGGCAACUACCGCAACGCCACGAGCAUCGCCGCGGCGCAGUGCGUGCGGGUGUUUCAGAAUCAGCUGCGCGGCUAUCAAACGGAGUCGCCCCACAAAACAGAGACGACGCGCCCUGCCACGGAAACGUAG